AUGAACGCCAACAAAAACUCCCAGACGCCGCCACCCGCCACCACAGCUGAACCCAUCCCACCUCAUAAUAACUAUCAGGCCGUCCAACCACCGCCGGUGCAGCCUGCUCACGGCGGUGGCGUUCUGCCAGGGUUUUGGUCCACUGGCCUUUGUGGCUGUUACUCUGAUGUUUCUAACUCUUGUUUGGUAGCAGGAGGUGUAUACGCUCUAAUAAGGCAUUCAACCGGCUGCCCGUGUUUUUACUCGUGCUUUUAUCGGUCGAAGCUGAGAAAACAGUACAUGAUCGACGGCAACAACUGCACCGAUUGUAUGGUCCACUGUUGCUGCGAGCCUUGCGCUUUGCGUCAAGAGUACCGCGAGCUCAAAUACCGUGGAUUCGACAUGUCGCUCAGUUUGAAAGAAAUUGUUGAAGGAAAAAAUCAAGGAGUGAGAAAGGCCCCAUUUGUUGAAGGAGGAAUGAGUAGAUGA